UGUAACGGCGGAGCGGGCGGCGUUAAGGCCCGGCGGCGGCCUCGGCGCCUACGCCGGGGGGUCUCGCCCUCCUCCGCGCCUCCCGCCCAACGGCGCCCAAAGAAAGGGCGAUGGCGGCGCGUUAGCCGAGGCGUCCUCGGCGCGGCCCGGCGGCUGCGGACCUCCCGCUCUGUGCCGACCGCAGCGGAUGCGCGCCGCGCCUCAGGCCCCGCCGGGAGCCUAGCGGGGCCCCGGCCGCCGCCGCCGCCGCCGCUUCUCCUCUGCCUCCUGCUCCUGGUGCGGGAGGGCGGGCAGCUCGGGGCGCCCCGCUCCCCCUCAGCCCUGAGGCGCCGUGGCCAUGGCCACCGAGCUGGAACCGCCGGCGGCUGGCGCCGUGCCGGGCGCGGCAGCGCUGGAGGCGGAGGAGGACGAGGAGCACUGGCUCUACGGGGAUGACACCGCUGGUAAGCAAGAAGAUGGACCAAUUUCUGGACAUGCAGAAUCUUCUCAUCCUUUGCAAGAUGCUCCUCAGGAGAACCGUCCCGUCAGCAAUGAAGACCGAGAGAUGUCACAGCACGCCCUUCCAAGUGGUGAAGAUGAUGAAGAUGACAGUGACAGCGACAGUGAUGAUGAUGAUGUGAAAGUUACAAUUGGCAACAUUAAAACAGGAGCACCGUCCUACAUGGGAACUCCUAUGAAUCUAAACUUAAAAACGGGUAGAGGCUAUGGAGCAUCUGCUUCAGCCAAGUUGCAGCCCAAAGGUAUUGACUUAGAUGCUGCAGGGAAUAUAAAUGGAUUGCCUGUUAUAGAAGUGGAUUUAGAUUCAUUUGAAGACAAACCAUGGAGGAAACCAGGUGCUGAUCUUUCUGAUUACUUCAAUUAUGGGUUCAAUGAAGAAACAUGGAAAGCUUAUUGUGAAAAGCAGCGUCGGCUUCAGCUUGGGCUGGACCCUGCUCCUCCCAUCAGCACAGAGAACAAGAUCACAGUUCAGCAAGGAAGAACAGGAAAUGCUGAAAAGGAAGUGGAAAACAACAUCAUCAAGACAGAAUUCAAAACAGACUUCUUGUCUCUGGUGGGAGGACGCAUGAAGGCUGGGCCCCCUCCUAACAGGAAGCUGGGUGGGACAAUUGAUGUGAUCGGUGGCCAGGCAGGCACCAUCAGGAGAGUGGAAGGAAGGCGCCGUGACAAGCACGCCUCUGAGGAAAACCCAAUCCAGGUUCUUGGGGACCACGGAAGUAAACCACAGCCCCCCCAGCAGCCCCAGCAGCCAUCACAGCCCCAGCAGCCACCUCAGCAGCAGCCGUUUGCACCACCAACAGGCCCGCCGCCCCCGCCGCUCGCUGGGCCGCCUCCACCACACUUCCUCCACCCUCCUCCACCAGUUACUUCUGUUCCACCUCCCCUGCAUCCUCCAGGUCUACCACCACCAGGACCCAUUCCAGGGCUGUUCCCACCGCCUCUGGCACCGCCACCAGCUCUCCUCAUCCCAACCUUGGAUGGGCAGCCAGCCAGCUACAACAACAGGCAGCCUCCUCCCUUUGGCUACAACUCUGCAGAUUCGGGUUUCAUCAGCUACCCACCCAUCUCCACGUCCCACACGCCCUGGGUGACGUCGGUGGACAAAGGCACAAGCGGCUCCAGCAGCAGCCACUGGGAGUACUCGGGCUCCAGGCGCGAGAGGGAACGGGAGCGGGAGCGCGAGCGGGAGCGAGACCGCGACCGCACCCCCACCACCAGCGAGUACAACAACGAGGACGAGCGCUACCGCUACUACAGCCGCGAGCGCAGCUACGACUUCGAGCGCGACUAUCGGCGCAGCCGCGACCGCAGCCGCGAGCGGGAGGAUCGGCACCGCGAGCGCCGGCACCGUGACAAGGACGACGGCAGCAAACACAAGUCCUCGCGACGGAAGCAGCACGAGAGCGAGGAGGGGGAGAGCCACCGGCGCCACAAGCACAAAAAGAACAAGCGCAGCAAAGAGGAGAAAGAGGCGAGCGAGGACGGGGCCCAGGAGGGAGAGGAGCAGGACGCCAAGGAGUAGCCGCGGCGCCGCAGCCUCGGGGCACACGCUCCUGCCCCAGCGCCGCUGCCUCAUGUUCGCUUGGGGGUCGCUUUCUGUUCGCCCCGGAGGAGCAGCUGCCUCGGGGGGGCGCGGGGGAGCCUGGGGCAGUGGGCUCAGAGCUGGGGCAGCACGUGCAGUCCAACUUUGGGGGUCCUUUUGGUUUUGAUACGAGACAAAACCCCGGCGCAGAGCACGGAGCUGCUCUGCCCCCGAGCAUCCCUGGGGAGAACUCUGGCGAGUCAGAUCCUAUGGUUUCUGAUGGAAGGUGGCUGCAGCUGAAACUAACACGUGUAGGUAAUAGUUUUUGGUUAUUUUUUGUCAUCAUCAUUCCUUUUUCAAACCAAACCCAACAGGACAGUAAGUGCAACUUGAGAUUUAUUGUCCAAAGCCAAGUGUGGUUUAGCUCCCGAGAGGCAGCUUCCAGCCUGGCCUCCAGCACUGCAGCCUCUCAGCCCUACAAUAAAUCUCUUUCUAGCUA